UUGCCUUCUUCCUAUUAACAGAGCCGAAGAACCAGAGAGCACACACACCCUUUCCGGAAACUUGCUUUCCCGGCCCUUAUGAACUCUCUUGUCUCUCCCUUUUGGAUUGCGUUACGGCUUACGACGUCCCCACCAAUUGUCGGAUCGCUGUUGCAGAUCUUCCUCGUCUGGAUACCCUUCUCCAGAUUGCCCAAUCCGUUUCCAAUGUGGAUUUUGACUACCAGAUUUGAUGCUCCAGGUACUCUUUACCUUCUCCACUGACGCGUGCUGUCCAAAAGUUGGGAUUUUCUUGACCGGAAUUAGCUGGUUUUGUUGGGAGAUUGGUUGUCGAUCUGCAGCUGUUCGCAGCUAUUGUUGACGAUUGCUUCUUCUCAGUCGAUUAACUAGGGUUUCUCUGACGGCGAUGCGUUGAUUCGGCAAGGUUUAUUGGGUGUAUAAGAUUUGGGGGAAUCGAGUGCUAUGAAAGGGGUGGAGGAGGAUAAGGUCAUAGGGCCUCUCUUUCCGAGGCUCCAUGUUAAUGACACUCAUAAAGGGGGGGUCCGAAGGCUCCCCCAAGGCACAAAAUGGCGUUAUACGAGCAGCUCAGCAUUCCUUCUCAAAGGUUCAACUCGAGCUCCUCCACCAUGCCAUUUCCUCCUUGCCACUUCAACAAUUCGGUCCCUUCCCUUUCCUCGAGUCAGCAGAGGGUGUUUGGAAUUCAAGUUUAUGAGCUUCACAGAUUAAUAAAGGUUCAGAAGUUGAUAGCUGCAUCUCCCCAUUUACUUCUUGAAGCCAAUUCUUCUUUGAGCAAACCUUCAGUAAAAACUGGGCACGAUACUAAAUCACUUCAAUACAACAGAAAUUCACAGUCAGUGGAAUUUAAGAGACUAGAUGAACUUUGUAAAAUGAACCAUAAUGCGGAGCAGCCAAAGGAGGAUGGAAUAUCUGGAGUCCCAGUUCUCCCUGCAUGUGUGGAUGGAUCCAAAAGGGGUCCUCAAGAUCAAGUCCCAAAUAUCAGAGCACACUCUGUUAUGCUUUCAGCUAUGCAAAUUUCUUCUGAUCAGAUGACAAAUCCUUGGUGUUUUUCUCCCUUGGCAAACCAAUGGUUAGUUCCAGUUAUGUCACAAUCAGAUGGGCUCGUUUACAAACCCUACUCCGGACAUUGUCCACCUCCUGGUGGCUUCAUGCCUCCUCUUUAUGGAGGCUGCAAUCCUCUUGAAGUCUCUCCUCCGAGCAGAGACUUUAUAAACGCUGCUCAUGCUGUUCCAGUAUCUCAUCAACCGCCAAACAUGGUUCUGCCUGGACAGCCCACAAUGUCAUCUCCCUAUUUUCCCAUCCCUUACAGCUUCCCACCUUCCAACCUAAUCAUCACAAGUUCUGCAGUUGAGCAGGCUUGUAAUCUGUCUGGUUCCCAAGUAAAUGGGAACACCGGUCAGCUCUCGCGAGGCUCACAUAACAUGCUCCAUCAUCCGAGGAAGGAUGCACUUGUUGGCAAUCCUAGGAAGUUUCAGCUAUCUAAGAAGAGUGAGUUGCAGGGAAGUACAGCAAGCAGUCCCUCUGAGAAGGCAAAUUCAGAAAAUAGAUGUCCAGUCCCUCCCUUGCCUGCUGCUCCGGCAGCUAGCAGGGAUAGCCAAACACUCAUUAUUAAGGUUGUGCCUCACAAUGCUAGGUCUGCUACCGAGUCAGCAGCGAGGAUUUUCCAAUCAAUUCAGGAAGAGAGGCAGCAGCACGACCCAUGAUCAAUUCAGCAAUCGAGUUCAAUUGGCUUGUCAAUGUCAGUGGUUCGUGAAAGAAGCUUUAGCACAACAUAUGAACUUAUGCAUUAUCUUAUAGGUACCGUAAUAGUAUAAUUCUAUGUGCAUGUACGAGAGUUUCAAUAUCGACCCUGUUUCAAUUUAAACUCGGCCCUAAAUGUUCUUCCAGUAGAGGUGAAAGGUUCUCGGUC